GAGCACGAGUACAACCCCGAGGAGCCCGUUCAAGAGCGCUUGGAGGGUGGGGAGGCAGCCGUGAAGUUCCACACCCGGUCUCCAAGGGUCGAGCAGCUAGCGGAGCGAUUGCAGCUCACUGCAAACCAUCCGACGACAUUUUCUCAACGUACGGUGGACACUCCCGAGGAGGUUGAGCUUCUUCCCUCGAUGCUGCGCUCGCGCUUCUCGCAAGAGCCGUUCCGUGGCUUCGACAUACAGAUGAACCCGUCCGACUCCUCGGGGUCAGGCAGCGAUGACAGCGAGGAGAGCAGCGAGGAGUCGCUCCCGGACGUGCCGCCGCUGCUAAGCAAGUUCACGACCGAGCAGGUCAGUCGAUUGGAGUUGGUGCAACUCGCCCAUGUGAAGAUGCAGCUCAUGAAGGAGCGUACCCGGAAGGAAGGAGUGCAGUCCAUUCGUGCGCGCAAGACGACGUUCACGACAAAGUUUGCGUCUCUGUGGCAGCUGCUAAAGAAAAGGCAGGCUGGCACGAUCACGGAGCAGGAAAACUAUUUCUUGACGUCGCAGCUGCGGUACUU